UGAUUGACAGAAGGUGGGUUCGGGAUAUAACGCACACCUGGACUCGGUACAAAAAAAAAGGCGCUGUGUGUGUGUGUGUGUGUGUGCGUGUGUGUGUGUGGGUUUUUUUUACAGCUUGUAGUGAUUUAGGGAGCAAAAAAACAGCUUUUUUAAAGAAAAAAAACCCCUUGAUAUUAGGAUGGCAAGCAUAGGACUGGCCGUGAGCGGCCCGGGCGCGGAGGAGAGGGCGGUUUUUACGCAGCUGAAGCCCGUGCGGAUGUCGAGCGCAGACGGCGGGGAGGACUCGUCCGUGUUCGAGGACGUCAAACCCACGAACCCAAUGGAGAUGGAUAAAUAUUUGCCCCAAAACGGGCCUGUGCCAUCCCCAACCCUUACAGACAAAAAGUACCGCAGGGAAAGUGCCUCCGUAGUGGACGAGUACUUUGCAGAUGAAAAGCCAGCCCCCUACAGCCUCAACAUCAACGUCAUCCUACCCAACACCACCCAUCUUCGCACAGGGCUGUACCGUCCAACCAAACCGGUGUCUCAGAUCAAAACAGAGCCUGGGGCAGAGGCGCCCUGCAACAUCCAGACACUCCCCAACUUCACGUCUGUCUUCAGUGUGCCACAGACAGUUGACAACCUGUUCAUUAAGCCCAACAUGACCACCACUGAUGAGCUCCACAUUGGCCCACAGCAGCCACAGGUAUACCAGAUGGCCAUCAGCAGCAGUAACCUCACCUCCAUGACUUUCUCCAACAGCCAGCAGGUGAACGGAGCGGGCAGGACCAUGCUUAACCUGAACGCCGUGGCCCUGACCACACCAUCGGGUGACUUUGUGAUACCAGACCAGUUCUACCCGCAAGCACAACCCCACAGCCUGCCGCCCUCGCCCCCCAACUCACAACCAGGUAGCCCUGAGAAUCAAGCCGAGCUGAUUAACACAGUUCCUCCUCCGCCUUAUCAGACCCAAAUGGGAGUAAAGGUGGCACAGAUGACCCCUCACUCUGUGCUGAUGACUCACGGACAAGGCGUUCUCACUGGCCCCAGGUACAACCGAAGGAAUAACCCCGAACUAGAGAAGAGAAGGAUUCACCACUGCGACUUCCCAGGAUGCACCAAGGUUUACACAAAAAGCUCCCAUUUGAAAGCACACCAAAGAACACAUACGGGCGAGAAGCCAUACCGCUGCACUUGGGAAGGAUGCGACUGGCGUUUUGCCCGCUCAGAUGAACUCACAAGGCACUACAGAAAGCACACGGGAGCCAAACCCUUCAAAUGUGUCGCAUGUAACCGAUGCUUCUCACGCUCGGAUCACUUGGCGCUCCACAUGAAGAGGCACCAAAACUGAGUUGUCCCCCCCCCCAUCCCUCCCCCUCCUCCCUUUUUUUUUUUUUUUUUGUAAAAAAAAACUUUUUAUAAUAUUUGUAUCAUGUAUAUGUUUCACCAUCUUCACAAAGAUCAAACAUGUUUCUCUAAAAAAAAAAAAAAAAAAAGAGCUGCCAAUUUCUGUCUGACCACCAUUUUAGCUCUAGGACUAGUAGACUGCUUCAAGGAAGACAAUGGAGUGGAAUCCACAGAAAUGAGUUUAUUAUUUGUAGAUUACAUUUGUGCAACUGUAUAUACUGUAUGUAUCUGAGUGCUCUGUGUAUAAUAUGUUGUGAAAUCUGUAGCUGAAAUCUUUUCCACUUUGGUCUGAAAGGUGUCAGUACUAUUUUAUAGCAGAAAUGGUUGUGAAAACAGGUUUUGCUUAAAAUUUGAUCAUUGUUUCUGUGGAAUUUCCCAAGUUAAUACAGCAGGAUAGGUCAUUGUUCAUUGAUGAGUCUAACCUACACUGUUUAUAUUGGGAUUUUUUUUUUUUUUUUACUUCUCUUGUAUAAGAAUCUCAACUUAUUUGCUAAGGAGUUGAGAGUACACAGUUGAGUAAUGUUUGCUUUUCUCAGACAUUCGUAUCCAUGGAAACAAACCAUUUUAUGAGUAGCUUGAGCAAGAAACGACAGCUCUACCAGAUCAAUGUGUUCUUCUCAUAGUAUAAUGUUAAAGAGAUUACGUGCAGGAUUUAAGCCAAGUAUUUAACAAUGCUAAAUAUGCCUAUAUUAAUUAUUGACCAACCUGUGUCAUUUGUCCCAUAUCAAAGCCCCGGUUAUCAUGUCACAGUGUAUGUGCCAAAUUAUUAAGAAAAAAAGAUAAGAUUGUACAAACAAACGACAAGUGGUUUGCGUAUGUGAAAUGAAAUUCCUUGGAACAUUUUAUCAACUGUUGUGAAGUGACAUCACAUUUAACUCUGGUCAAUACCGGAAGAACAAAUCUCAUCUGUACACUCGACGAGAGUGCCUCGAACACCAUUGCUCAUCUUUAUUAUCCCUGCUUUUAAGCACUUCCUCCUCAAGCUUUCCGUGUGCCCGUGUACAUUUCCUUUACGUACGGCACGGAGGGAACUCUGAUGCACCAUGACUUACUGUACAUAAUGUAGUUAAACUCAAAGUAGCUUGUAAAUAUUUGUUCUCUCUUAAGCUGAUUCUCUUUUUAUCAUGAACAAACGGGAGUUGUUUUGAACAGGUAUGAGUUGGUCCGUUGUGAUAGCACAGAUGGACACGAAUCAUUUUGUAUUUUGUUGUUUGAAUAUGGAAAUUCUUGAAAAUAAAAACACAAAUCAAACAUUGUAAUCUGAA